GCUAAAACUUUUUUAAGUCAGUGAAAGCUGUACAUCCAUUAGGAACGGUGUUAGAAGUGACGAACAAAAUGGCGCUAACUCUAUUCCACGCUGCGGUUAUUUCUAUAAAUGUGUAUACGAUCAUGUAUGAUCAAAUGUAUUUGGAACUGCCUUUCACCACUGGAGAGCUUUAUGGAGAACUGAUAUUGAAAGGGCGAUGGUCGCUCGUCACAUUUUGGUGUAUGGGUCUACAGACUGUGUACUUCACAUUGUCCCUGCUGAACGAUCUCAUAGGAACAAACGAACUAUCGCCAUCACCGCAGAAGAAGCCAUUAAUCCGUACCAUCAAGGACCUGACCUUCGCUCUGGCUUUCCCCAUGGCUCUCUUCGUCACCAUAACCUUCUGGGCCCUCUAUUUCUACGAGAAGAACCUGGUUUACCCCGAUGAAAUAGACAUUUUGGUUCCCCAUUGGGUAAAUUUAGUCUUACACGUAUUCAACAGUGUUUUUAUUUGCAUAGAGCUUAAAUAUGCCAAGAUCACCUUCCCUCCCAGAAGUAGUGGGUUACUAUUUUCAUUUUUGUUUAACUUUGGGUACAUAGUUACUGCCUGCCUGCUCCGUAUUCGGACGGGAGCUUGGCCUUAUCCGCUUCUAGAAGUCCUAGAUGGGCCUUCAAUUGUUGUAUUCUUCACCAUAAGCAUACUCAUGGGUUUGUUCUUAUACUUCUUGGGGGAGAAGUUGACUGGUGUUACUUUAAGUUCUAACCACGUGGAUGGUGUUAAUGGAAGUGUGAAGAAGAGGCUAUAAAACUUGGAGUAAUAGAAAUAUAAUAUGUUUAAGCUGUACAGUGGACGUAGUAAUCCGCCCCUGGUUAAUCUGGCGCCCCGGACAGGGGACUUAGUCCGACAUGUUUUAAUGUUGAUUGUAUAUUUUUGGAAAAUUAUUUUCUUUGAUUUGUAAUUUGUCGGAUUACAAGGGCCUCUUCUGCGAAUAAUUCCGGAUUAUUAAGGGUCUUACAGGGCAGUACUCUAAUAGUCUGACAAAUUCGAUAAUCCGACACCGACUUGCAAAACGUUUUUGGAUUACCGCGGGUCCACUGUAGUUACGCACGUGUAAAACAAUUAAAUUUUAUUAAGUUAUAAAAAGAUAAAGAAGAAAGAAGUGUAAGUUUAAUUGUUUGCGUUAAUUAUGUUGUUGUUUACGUGAGUUGACGGUACAUCGAGGUUUUUUAACUGUGGUAUCUUAUCCAUUUUGUAAUAGGUGUUAUUUUGCAACAAAAAUGCAUAUUAUGAUGUGCUUUAGUCAGUAAUUAGGUAUAUUGAGUAUUGCUAUCUCGAGGUGCCGGAUGUAAAACGAGAUACGUACGAGACUCAACAAAAGUGCUGACCUUUUUAUCACUUGUUCUUGUAGUUGAGUGAAAAUAAUUAAAUUCUUUACGGAUGUAGGUUAUUGUUGAUUUGAAAACAAUACGAGAGAAGUUUGAUAAUUUAAAGUAGGCACCUAUUACUAUAUCCUGAAAUACAGGGUGAUUUUGUUAUCAGUAUCCAGCGCACGCAGUGGAAAAAAUGUUGUUUUCUUUACGUAAAUCGAUUAUGUUACUGAUUCUGAGUCGCUCCUAAAAAUUUGGAUAUUAAUUGCAAAGUCACCCUAUAUACUAACUUAACUACCUUCCAUCCGGUUAUUGUAUUAGCAAUUUAUGAUGAUGAUAAUGUAUACUUUUCUGACUUACGUAUUACGUAUCAAUACAAUUCCAGUGUUUCUGGCCCUAUCUGGGACUUGAUACAUUGCAGUGAUGCUAUUAAAUAUUUAGUAUUUGCUUACCUGUGUUAUUUUACUUUAAGAUGAGAAAUUAUAAUACCUAUAAAAUGGUCUGUAAUAUUUUCCAAAGGCUGUGCUUUUUAAUUAAAGAAAUACCUAUUUAAA